UCAUAUCAUAUGUGAGUUACGUGAUUCUUGAACGCUCAUGAAAGAGAUGAAGGACCUAGCUUGUACUUCUGAAUCCUAUGUGCAUGAACAAAGCCCCAGUAACCAGACAUCAAUAGCAAUGAUGCAAGAGCCUCAAGAAAUGGUGGAAGAGACAGUUACUGUGGAGGAAGACCCAGGCACUCCCACUUCCCAUGUGUCUAUUGUCACUUCUGAAGAUGGAACCACAAGGAGAACUGAAACCAAGGUUACCAAAAUGGUCAAAACAGUCACCACCAGAACAGUGCGUCAGGUGCCACUUGGGCCUGAUGGCCUGCCAUCAAUGGAUGGCUCGUCUCCCAUGGGCAGCUACACAGAUUCAAUAGACAGAAGGUACAUGAAGAAUGGGGAGCGGUACAUCACACCACAAGCAUCUUCCACGUUAACCAGAUCUUACAACAGCUACAACGAUUCUUACCCUGAAAGCCACGAAGGCCAGUAUCGCCCUUAUAUUGGUCAUGAUGGUUAUGGAGAUCUAUCUGAUAACUAUGGCAGCUUGUCUCGUGGUGUCAACUACCGCCCUCGCUAUGCCUACGUGCCAGGAAACAGUUACAGGCCAGAUGAUGGUAGCUUCACUUUGCCAAGCAGAAGGGAUAACUACGGUCCUGUUGCCCAGCCACAGGUGCCAGUGGGUAGCAACGUUGACUUGAACCGCUCCCAGCCAGAACGCUUCCAGCCAGAACCCUAUGGACUGGAAGAUGAUAACCGCAGCCUUGGAGUAGAUGAUGAAGGAUAUGAACUGGAUCCUGAUUACUCCACUGUGAACCGGAGGACAUCUGCAGGUGUGCCAGAGAGAGGAAGACCUCACAAAGGAAGGGGCUACGAUGACCCCAUCGAGACAGAGAUGGUUGAAGAGAGGAUCCCUUACCUUCAUGGUGGCUACGCAGCACCGCUGGCACAGCCAGAGAGAGGAAGCAUGGCUAGUAUUGACCGUCUGGGGAAGCGCUCCCCCUCUAUUGACAGCAUUCGUAAAGACCCCAGGUGGAGGGACCCUGACCUCCCUGAAGUAAUUGCCAUGCUCAGCCACCCUAUUGAUCCAGUCAAGUCUAAUGCCGCAGCCUACUUGCAGCACUUGUGCUACGAGAAUGAUAAAAUCAAAAAGGACGUGAGGCACCUUAAAGGGAUACCUAUCUUGGUGGGCCUACUUGAUCAUCCGAAGCCAGAGGUCCAUCGUAAAGCCUGCGGGGCUCUCAGAAACAUCUCCUAUGGGAAGGAUAAUGAAAACAAGGUGGCUAUAAAGAACUGUGAUGGGAUCCCUGCAUUGAUCAGACUAUUGCGAAAAACAAAUGACAUGGAAGUGAGAGAGCUAAUUACAGGCACCCUGUGGAACUUGUCCUCCUAUGAGCCCCUGAAGAUGGUCAUCAUCAACCAUGGCCUGCAGACACUUACCAAUGAGGUGAUUAUACCCCAUUCAGGUUGGGAGAGUGAGCCGAAUGAGGACUCUAAGCCUCGCGAUGCUGAGUGGACAACUGUCUUCAAGAACACUUCUGGUUGCUUACGGAAUGUAAGUUCAGAUGGAGCAGAAGCACGCAGAAGACUCAGAGAGUGUGAUGGCUUGGUGGAUGCCCUUCUUCAUGCUCUACAGUCGGCAGUUGGCAAGAAGGAUACGGACAAUAAGUCUGUGGAGAACUGUGUGUGCAUCAUGCGGAACCUUUCCUAUCAUGUCCACAAAGAGGUCCCUGGAGCUGAUAAGUACCAAGAACUAGAUGCCAGUCAGACUACAAGCACGGGAGGCGCUCAGAAGAAGAAGAAAGACGACGCUGGUUGUUUUGGUGGGAAAAAAGCUAAAGAGGAGUGGUUCAAUCAAGGAAAGAAGAAUGGAGAUUUGGACAGGAAUUUUGAUACACUUGAUUUGCCCAAGCGGUCUGAAGCAGCAAAAGGCUUUGAAUUACUGUACCAGCCAGAUGUGGUCCGACUGUACCUCUCCAUCCUCACUGAAAGUCAGAACUUUAACACUCUGGAAGCUGCAGCAGGGGCUUUGCAGAAUCUCAGUGCUGGCAACUGGACGUGGUCCACGUACAUCCGUGCAACAGUGCGGAAGGAGAGAGGCUUACCAGUGCUUGUGGAGCUGCUCCAGUCCGACUCUGACAAGGUUGUGAGGGCUGUGUCAAUUGCCCUGAGAAACCUUUCCAUGGAUCGUCGCAAUAAAGAUCUUAUAGGUAGUUAUGCCAUGGGUGAGCUGGUAAGAAAUUUGCCCAGCAGGCAGCAGAGAUCUGCAAAGAACCUGGAGGAGGAUACAGUGGUUGCAGUGUUGAAUACCAUCCAUGAAAUCAUUACUGACAGCUCAGAAAAUGCAAGGUCUCUGAUCCAGACACAGGGCAUUCAGAAGCUGGUAGCUAUCAGCAAGUCAAGUCAGUCUCCGAGAGAAACAAAAGCAGCAUCUCACGUUCUUCAGAUGAUGUGGAGCUAUAAAGAACUACGAAAUGCCCUGCAGAAGGAUGGGUGGAACAAAUCACACUUCCAGUCUGUUUCUGCAACUCCAAAGAGUUCCAAAGGUACUGCUGGCAGGUCUGGCUAUGACGACAGCACUUUGCCUCUGGUGGAUAAAAGUCAAGAUAAUGAGAAGGCUGGGAGUCGUGAUAUGAUACCUAUGGAUGAACUUGGCCCAGAUGGGUACUCCACCAUCGAUCACCGGGACAAGGAGCGCAAAUACAAGACCAGUGAUAACACAGGGGAUGCCUCGGAGAAAGAACCUUUAAAAGGCUAGAGUCCAACCACAUUUUUUUUUUAAUUGAGGGGGAGAAACAAACAUUGAAUCGACACAGAGGAUCUCAUCAGUCACCACUGCCAUUCAGAUUUGGAGGGCGCUGCAUCACUGACCAGGCUGCAGAUUGUAGGGGGAUGUAGGGAGAAAACACAACUGACGGCCAUUGCCAACCCCGGAGCACCAUGCCUUACAGCGAGACAAUUUGCUUUUUAACUCAGUUACAUUCCCACCAGAAAUAGCCACCACCUCCCCCUCCCUCCCACUCCUGCAAGAAGAAAGAAAGCAAGAGAAGAGAAUCCAAGCUUCCAUCUAGCUGGCUGCGUUCUUAGGUGACUCUUAUGUGUGGAUGGUGCCAAGUAUGAGAAGUGAAGGUCAUGCGGCAUCAAAGACGACAGCUUCACAAGUGAAAGAGAAACUGCAGAAUAUUUGAAAUAAUAUCGUAGGUGUAGCCAUGAAGAUAAUAGCACUUUUCUGGUUCGGGGCUCAUUGUUUUGUUUUUUGUUUUGGGGGAUUUCUUUUGAACUGUGAAUCUAACAUUUUUAAAGGCUUUUUGAAAAAUGUUUAGGUUUUCCUUAUUAUUUCCACAGAAAGUGCAGGAAUGUUGAGUGGGUUUAUUGGAUUUCAAUGAAGGGAGAAAAUGCAGAACAAAAACUAUUAAACGCUGGUCAAAUGAACUGGAGAGUGGAUAACAAAAUUGAUGCAAGCUGUAUAAUCUGCUUUUAGAGUAAGCUAUAUCAAUCACAGUGCUAUAUUAUCAUUAUAAUCUGGUGUAUAAUACUUCUGCCUUUUGAAUUCUGUAAUGGCUCUGUUUUUAUUUCCACAUACUGAAAAGCAGUUUAUUGAAGGUUUCAGUGUUCCUGGUUCAGAAAUCUAUGCUGAGAAAUGGAGUUGGCUGGCUUUUUAUUUUCUUGUUCUCAGAGAUUGCAGUAAGGAGCUUUUACAUUUUAAAUGUACCAGCGUUGCAUUGAUGAUGAUUAACAAUUCCUUUUGCCAUAGCUGUUUAACGCAUUGGAAGAAAAUAGGAGCUUUUUUUGUAGGAUGUCUUAUUUUGAACACGCUAUAAAUUUUAGAUGGGUCUGUCACUUAUAUUUGAUGGCAAAUUUGUCACUAUUGGAUCCAUGUUUGCUUUGGGCUAUAGAUCCUGAUGAAAAAUGCCACAAGGGAACUGGUUUGGCGUUUUUUAAAUCAUCAUCAUCAUGAUUUCUGUGUUCCUUUGGUUUUGUUUUGAGAUUACAUAUUUCAUUUGGUGUGAAAAUCACCCAUGUGCAACGGCUCUCCUCUAAGAUGCCAAGGCCUGCUUUGUGUAAGGGGGAAUUUUUACCUCACGAGAACGUACUCUGCAUAUAUGGUAUCUGGUAAUGCCGUGAACUAAAUGACUUCAGAUCACUGAUUUUCUCCAGGCAUUGGUCAAGGGAGGGCAGCAGAUGAGAAUAGGAAGCAAAUGUCUCACUAGUAGCAUCAGAGGACUUUUGCUGAUUUUAUUUGGUUGCCACUGUUCUUUGAUCGCCACAUUUAGUUUUAAACAAGCUCCUAAAAACGGUGUGACUGGAAAGCACAUUUUUGAAUCUAGCAAACAUCAUUUGCAGUUUUCAGUGCCUGCCGUUUCCUUUGUAAUUAAAAAGGGGAAAUAUCCAACAACCUCACCUCCCCCAAAAUAUUACUGUAAUAGUAAACAUCUAAAAUUUUUGU